CUGCGUUGUAUAUAUAUACCGACGUCGGCAACUAGGAAAAACAGUUAGCUAAGCUUAUCUUCAGAGAUGGUAGUAAUAGGUGGUAGGACUGUAUAAUAGUGCGAAAUAGUAAAAACGGUAGCAAUAUUAAUGACUUUGCUUAAAUAACUCUUAAGACGGUGUCUAUUUAUUUAUUUUUUUAAGAUUAAAAGCGCAUUUCCUCGAGUUUUUGGUGCGUUAAAUGGAGGAGAAGAAGGAAGACGGAGACUCGGAGAUACAGGAACACGGACCCGAGCACUGGUUCUCAAAAUGGGAGCGGCAGUGUUUGGCCGAAGCGGAGCAGAGGGAGCCGAGCGAGGAAGAGGCUGACAACGACCAGGAUAAACUGUGGCAUCUUUUCCAGAACUCCGCCACUGCUGUGGCACAGUUAUACAAAGACAGAGUAUGUCAUCAGCAGGGCCUUUCAUUGUGGGUGCCAUUUCAGAACGCUGCUACAGCAGUUACCAACCUCUACAAAGAGAGUGUGGAGGCCCAUCAGAGAAGCUUUGAUCGGGGCAUCCAAAUAGGCCACCAACGCCGUAAUAAGGAUAUGUUGGCCUGGGUGAAAAAACGUCGGAGAACCAUUCGUAGGGAGGAUCUUAUCAGUUUUCUGUGUGGCAAAGCACCACCACACAGGAGUAGCAGGGCAAACCCACGGCUGGCCAUGGUGGCCCCUAGUCGGGCUAAUUCACCAGCUGAGACAGGUUCAUCUGUGGAAGCAGAUCUCCAGCCCUUCAGGGAGGCCAUAGCAUUGCAUGGUCUAAGUGGAGCCAUGGCAAGUAUCAGUGUGCGCUCCGGUGCUCCAGGUUCUCCCACACAUGUGAGCGGGAGCAGCAGUACUGGAGGCGGUGCCGGUGGAGGUGGUUCUUCUGGCUCGGGGCCCGUGUGCCGCAGCAGGCGUAAUGGGCUUCAAGACGUCGACCUGAACACUUUCAUCUCAGAGGAGAUGGCACUGCAUCUGGACUCUACAGGCUCAGCCUCCGCUGGAGGGGGAGGAACCAGGAAACGAAACUCCACCCAAUGUAGUGAUGUCAUCACAGACUCCCCUACGCACAAACGCAACAGGAUGAUCUGAUCU